AGCGUUGUGCUCGCCAGCCGCGGGGCUGGAAGUGUCAGCGGCGGCUGCGGCCCGGCGGAACACCGAGUUCGAGGAACCACGCGCCCGCUGGCCGCGAUCGCAGGCAGGGGGCGGCGUGCCAGUGGAGCAACAUGCAGAGAGGCGCUCGGCGCCCUGACGACCCCUCCCAAGGAAAAGAGGCCGGAACGGCUCUGGGGCGGCCGAGAGCAUGAGGGAGGCCGGGGGGCGGCUCGGCGAGGAGCGCUGCUAGGGAGCGGUGCGCGCUGCACACUCGCCAGGGCGCAGCGGAGGGCGGGGAGCCGGGCAGGUCGCGCCAGCGGGCGGGAGCCGGCCGCCUGGAGCUGUUCUGAUUUCCGACGCGAACGCGAGGGGCCCGGAGUAGCCCCCAGCCCCGGCGUGCAGCCAACAUGGGCAACGCGGGGAGCAUGGAUUCGCAGCAGACCGAUUUCAGGGCGCACAACGUGCCUUUGAAGCUGCCGAUGCCCGAGCCAGGUGAACUGGAGGAGCGGUUUGCCAUCGUGCUGAAUGCUAUGAACCUACCCCCGGACAAAGCCAGGUUACUGCGACAGUAUGAUAAUGAGAAAAAGUGGGAACUGAUUUGUGAUCAGGAACGAUUCCAGGUGAAGAAUCCUCCCCAUACAUACAUUCAAAAGCUCAAGGGCUAUCUGGACCCAGCUGUAACCAGGAAGAAAUUCAGACGGCGUGUUCAAGAAUCCACACAAGUGCUAAGAGAACUGGAAAUUUCUUUAAGAACCAACCAUAUUGGAUGGGUCAGAGAGUUUCUGAAUGAAGAAAACAGAGGUCUUGAUGUUCUAGUGGAAUAUCUGUCAUUUGCACAGUAUGCGGUAACUUUUGAUUUCGAGAGCGUGGAAAGCACGGUGGAGAGCUCGGUGGACAAAUCAAAGCCCUGGAGUAGGUCUAUCGAGGAUCUGCACAGAGGGAGCAACCUGCCCUCCCCCGUGGGCAACAGCGUGUCCCGCUCAGGAAGACAUUCUGCGCUGCGAUAUAAUACUUUGCCAAGCAGAAGAACCCUGAAAAAUUCAAGAUUAGUGAGUAAGAAAGAUGACGUACAUGUCUGUAUCAUGUGUUUACGUGCCAUCAUGAAUUACCAGUAUGGUUUCAACAUGGUCAUGUCUCAUCCACAUGCUGUCAAUGAGAUCGCACUGAGCUUGAACAACAAGAAUCCAAGAACAAAAGCCCUUGUCUUAGAACUGUUGGCAGCUGUUUGUCUUGUCAGAGGCGGGCAUGAAAUCAUUUUAUCAGCAUUUGACAACUUUAAGGAGGUUUGUGGAGAAAAACAGCGCUUUGAGAAGUUGAUGGAACAUUUCAGGAAUGAAGACAAUAACAUAGAUUUUAUGGUGGCCUCCAUGCAGUUCAUUAAUAUCGUAGUCCAUUCAGUGGAAGACAUGAAUUUCAGAGUGCACCUCCAGUAUGAAUUUACCAAGCUAGGCCUGGAUGAAUACUUGGAUAAACUGAAGCACACGGAGAGCGACAAACUCCAGGUGCAGAUCCAGGCGUACCUGGACAACGUGUUCGACGUGGGAGCUCUGCUGGAAGACGCUGAAACCAAGAACGCGGCCUUGGAGAGGGUGGAAGAGCUGGAGGAGAACAUUUCUCAUUUGUCUGAGAAACUGCAGGACACGGAGAAUGAAGCCAUGUCCAAGAUCGUGGAACUGGAAAAGCAGCUCAUGCAGAGGAACAAGGAGCUGGAUGUUGUUCGGGAAAUCUACAAAGAUGCAAAUACCCAGGUUCACACAUUAAGGAAAAUGGUCAAAGAAAAAGAAGAAGCCAUUCAAAGACAGUCUACCCUGGAAAAAAAGAUUCACGAACUGGAGAAACAAGGGACCAUUAAAAUUCAGAAGAAAGGGGAUGGGGACAUCGCCAUCCUGCCAGUCGUGGCUUCUGGCACAUUGUCCACGGGGUCAGAAGUGGCCGUGGGUAACUUUGUGGGACCAGUAACGGGGGCCGCCUCCUCGGGACCCCUGCCCCCCCCUCCUCCCCCACUACCUCCAUCGUCGGACACACCUGAAGCAGUGCAAAAUGGUCCAGUCACGCCACCCAUGCCGCCCCCGCCCCCGCCCCCUCCCCCACCUCCUCCCCCGCCACCCCCUCCUCCUCCUCUCCCAGGCCCUGCAGCAGAGACUGUGCCUGCGCCUACUUUACCACCCCCUCCUCCUCCCUCUGCACCCCCGCUGCCUGGGACGUCCUCACCCACAGUGGUUUUCAACUCAGGAUUAGCAGCUGUGAAAAUAAAGAAGCCAAUCAAGACGAAAUUCAGAAUGCCAGUUUUUAACUGGGUUGCCCUGAAGCCAAAUCAGAUCAAUGGCACAGUCUUCAACGAGAUUGAUGACGAGCGGAUUCUGGAGGAUUUAAAUGUGGAUGAAUUUGAAGAAAUAUUUAAGACGAAAGCCCAAGGUCCUGCCAUUGAUCUGUCUUCAAGCAAGCAGAAGAUAACACAGAAGGGGUCCAACAAAGUGACAUUACUAGAAGCAAAUAGGGCCAAAAAUCUUGCCAUAACGUUAAGGAAAGCUGGAAAGACCGCCGAUGAGAUAUGUAAAGCUAUACAUGUAUUUGACUUGAAGACAUUGCCUGUAGACUUCGUAGAAUGUUUGAUGAGGUUCUUGCCAACUGAGAAUGAGGUGAAAGUGUUUCGGCUCUAUGAGCGGGAAAGGAAGCCCCUGGAGAACUUGUCAGAUGAAGACCGGUUCAUGAUGCAGUUCAGUAAAAUUGAGAGACUCAUGCAGAAGAUGACCAUCAUGGCCUUCAUUGGGAACUUUGCAGAAAGCAUUCAGAUGCUGACUCCUCAACUGCACUCAAUUAUAGCAGCAUCUGUUUCUAUAAAGUCGUCCCAAAAACUCAAGAAAAUUCUGGAGAUCAUCUUAGCCCUUGGAAACUAUAUGAAUAGCAGUAAACGAGGAGCAGUUUAUGGAUUUAAACUUCAGAGUUUAGAUCUGCUCUUAGAUACAAAGUCGACAGACCGAAAGCAAACACUGUUGCACUACAUUUCAAAUGUGGUAAAAGAGAAAUAUCACCAAGUGUCCCUGUUUUAUAACGAGCUUCACUAUGUGGAGAAAGCUGCCGCAGUCUCCCUCGAGAAUGUUUUACUGGACGUCAAGGAGCUCCAGAGGGGCAUGGACUUAACCAAGAGGGAGUACACCAUGCACGACCACAACACGCUGCUGAAGGAGUUCAUCCUCAACAACGAGGGGAAGCUGAAGAAGCUGCAGGAUGACGCGAAGAUUGCACAGGAUGCUUUUGAUGAUGUGGUGAAGUAUUUUGGAGAAAACCCCAAGACGACUCCACCCUCUGUCUUCUUUCCCGUCUUUGUCCGGUUUGUGAAAGCCUAUAAGCAAGCAGAAGAGGAAAAUGAGCUGAGGAAAAAGCAGGAACAAGCCCUCAUGGAAAAACUCCUAGAGCAGGAAGCUCUGAUGGAGCAGCAGGAUCCAAAGUCUCCUUCCCACAAAUCAAAGAGGCAGCAGCAGGAAUUAAUUGCAGAAUUGAGAAGGCGACAAGUGAAAGAUAACAGACAUGUAUAUGAAGGAAAAGAUGGUGCCAUUGAAGACAUUAUCACAGAUCUUAGAAACCAACCAUACAGACGAGCCGAUGCGGUGAGGAGAAGUGUCAGGCGGCGCUUUGAUGAUCAGAACCUGCGUUCUGUUAAUGGAGCCGAGAUAACCAUGUGAACCUGAGACCUGCCUGUAUGAGUAGAGUAUACGUGAAUGAGACUUUCCACAUGAACUUUAUGUGCUACCAUGUAACCGCAACCUUGAACAUUGAUAAAAUAUUCUAAGGGCUCAGAUUUAGCAAACACACAGGAAUUUAAAAAUGACGGGCUCUCCUUUCAACCUUUGUUAACAAGUGCCUAAAAGUGGAAGUAACUGCUCAGAUUAAUCAAAGCAAUAGGUUUUGAUUUGAUUAGGUAUCUUUUUACACCAGUGUAUUACCCAAUUUUUUAACCAAAAUGUAAAUUUCGUAUUAAACUCAUUAUCUGCCAUUGUGAUUGUCCCAUGAUGGCACACCCUGGUUUCCUGAUAAGUUGUAAAUAACAUGGAUGCAACUGCUGUGGGUUUCCUUUGCUGAGAUGUUGUUUAAGGAAAAAAGUUGCUUUUGUGUUUUAGACAUAUCCAUCAACUUUGUUAUUUUUAAAGGCUUGCAACCUGGAAGAAGGAAAGUCACAUAAGCUCCUGUCCAUAACCAAGCCCCAGCCAAGUACAAACAGGAUGCAUUGCAGUGGCACAGAGGUCACUCAGCUCUCUCAUUUUACAUUCUACACUGCUGUACUCGGGUAGGACACCCUGUGAGAGUUCACCAGUAUGAAUGCAAGGAUAUGAUGGCAUACAAAUUUGUGUAAGAUUUUUUUGCAGUACUGUGUUCUUCAGCUAGAGGCAGCUUUUAAAAUAAUAAUAAUGCAGAUGUAUUUAUUAAUUAGCACUAAAAUUAACAUCUCAGUAAUCAGUAUUAGGAUUUCUGAGGACCAUUAUGGGCCUAUCCUGAACAGAAAUUGGUGCCUUGCUAGCCAGGGAGAAGUUCACUAGCUCUAUCAAGCAUUUCAGAUUACUUCUGCUAGCUAGUAGUGUAGUUAACCUAGCCUUAUUCUCCUGACAAUCGCAGUGCCCACCCCCCACCCCCGCCCCCCCCUUUUGUAAACUGGAGAAGAUAUAUUUGGCAUCAUUGCUUUAUGGGAAAUUGCAAAUUAAAUUGCUUGAAAUGUUCAUAUUUGGAUUAAGCUUAAGUGAUACAUAAUAGGACUAAAUGGCCAACUAAGCCACUGUUACUUUUCCUUCCUCUCUGGCAGGGCACUUGAUCCAUUCCAAAGUCAAAAACUGGACUAAAGCGGAUUUGUACUUUACAUAUUAUACACUCUGCUUCUGGCUUACUUCUUGGUACAUCAAUAUAUUAAUUGUAAAGUUUAUUGUAUAGUAUUUAACCACUGAAUUUCUUAUUUUAUGUUGUGCUUAUAUGAACCCCUUGGUGAAGGUCCCAUUUUCCUUGGAUAAUGUGUAGUUAUAUGAUCUCUUUUUAAAUGUACAGAUAUUUUGCUAUAAAAUUGGUGCAGUUUUUUAUGGUUUUUACACUUUAAUUCCCACCUAAGCCUCUGGGUAAUAUUGUAAAUAUUGUUUAAAAAUGCAUCAGCCUGUGCUAUACAAUCUGAAUGUUAUUUUAACUUAUAGUUUUUUUUUAAUAUAUAUAUUUAACUGCAAGGACAGUUUAGGGAUCAGUUAUCACAUUUCACUUUAGCAUACCUAUUUACAAAAAAUUACUUUUAAAACUGCCACCUGCUAGCACAUUUUCAUAAUGUGUACUUUAAAAAGAACAUGCCAAGAUUUUGUCUGUUAACACUGAUUUUGAUGAAAAAAACAAUUUGACCAUGAUACAACACACAAUUUGACUAUGAUACAACACAAGUAGUUGGCCCUUUUUGACAGGCGGCUGCUUUCCAAAGCUUAAUUACUAAAAAGCAUAUAUUAAAAUAGUUGCCUAUUUAUUAAUCAACAAAUAGACAAUAAUGUUGGCAUGUUCUUUUCUGUUUAUUAAUGGGCUUGCCUUCUUAGCAAUAUUAGAAAUGUUUUAUAAAAAAGCAAUUCAUGUUACUUUUCUGGUCUUUUCAUGACAUAUGAGCAAAUAAACUAUUUACACUACUA